GAAUAGGAGGGCUCAUGUGAAAGGCAGGACUAUACACACUGAGUCAGCCUGCUCUCUGAUUACACACUCACACUUCUCUAGUCUGGUUUACAUUGUGAUCGAGCUGAUACUGGGAACAGCCGGUAUUUAGGAAGUGACAGUGUUGCCUUCCGAAUGCCUGUCAGCUGCACCUGCACCACUCUAUGAAAAGCAAUUCACUGCGGAUUACUCUUCAGGCGGCAAUGCCACUAUUAAUGAGCCCUAACGCUGGAGCUGGAAACAUGGUCAGAAAGUUAGAAAUGGCGGGCGCAGGGGUGGCCAAUGAUGUAGACACUGAGCAGACGCUUACUUGCCUGCAUUUGAAAAUGUACCAUCCUCUUCUUCAACAUGACUCAAGGAUCUUCAGUGCCUUUAAUUUGGGCAGAAAAGAGGAACUAAGAGCCGAAGACGCCGCUAUCUUUGGGCGGGACGUGUGCAAGUUCAAGUUGCUGAACACAAAAGUCUCCCGCCUGCAGUUUGAAUUUAAUUUUUUUAAACCUUUGCACAGCUCCAAAAUGGCCUUUGAAAUUAAAAACCUCAGCAAGAGAGCAAAACUGUAUGUUGAUGGCCUGGAACUAAGCUACCUAAACAAAGUGGAUCUCCCAACUAAGUUCAUGAUUCGUUUUGGGGACUUUCAGAUCUUAGCAGAGACUGAAGAAGGAGAAUCUGAGGAAAAAUACAACAUCUGCUGUGAAGUGUCACGAUACUCCCUUGUUCAGGAUGUACCUGGUCCAUUAAUGGUUGGUAUCUCAGAAACUGGUGUACUGAAUGGUCCUACUGCUCUAUAUUCACAUAUCUGCCGUAACACUCCUCCUCCAGUAGAAGUUGAUGAGAAUGACGUAUAAUUGGACAUAGAUUUCAUAUGCACAAUGAAGGAACUAACUUUAAAGACUUUUUCAAUAUACAUAAAUGUGAUGCUUGUCUGCAUUGCCUUCUCCAGGCAUUUGUUGUGACAUAUAUUUAAUUUUUACUAAUAUUUAUCACGCCUGUGUUGAGCUGUAGAUCACGAACCUGACCUCUUCAUUCAAUCUCUGUCGUGAGCAAAUUAUGUAGGCAGCUACUACUAACUUCUUCCUUUCAGAAUGUUAGUUCCUUGGUUGCCACUAUGAUGCUUUACCUUGAACGUAUUAGGUAUCUCUGCUGUAGAACAAGUUUGUAGAUACAUUAAGCCGAUAUCCAAAAAGCGGCUGCAUCUUUCCCUACCGCCGCUAUUCCUUAGCAAAAAUGCAGUCACUGUUCUUGCAGAUAGUCUGCUUGUCAUUGAAUGCAAAUUAAAAAUGUAUUUGUAUUUACUAUA